UGUACAAACUGACCCCCACCCGCCUGACUUGGUUGGCUGCAUUAUUGCUGUGGGUGGUGUGUUCGCGAGUGCCAUGGCUGCUAGGUCUGGCGACCAACGUGGGGUUACUGUUGAUGACGCUGUUCUCCGCUUACUGGUUGCUCUGGUACGGGCACCGUGCUUUGUUCAACGGAUUCAUCGAUCCCAAAGGAAAGUGCGUACUUAUAACAGGAUGCGACACCGGCUUUGGGCAUAUGCUUGCUACGCAGCUAGCUGAUGAGGGAUUCUUCGUCUACGCCGGAUGCUUGGACGAAGACGGUGACGGCUCGAAGAUACUGAAGAGGGCGACGAACAUCCGGGUUGUACAAAUGGACGUCACGAAGGAGGAAGAAGUCGCUCGAGCUUUCCAGAUUGUGCAGAAGACGCUUGACGGGAGGCAUCUGUGGGCAGUGGUCGCCAACGCCGGGGUCGGCAACAUUGGCUACAUCGAGUGGCAGCCCUUAAGCCGCGUUCGCUCCGUAUUCGACGUCAACACGUUCGGCGCCCUCUCCGUGUCUGCCACCUUCCUGCCGCUGCUCAAGGCGUCUCGCGGAAGGCUCGUCCUCGUCACCAGUAUUUUGGGUCGAAUGACUCUCCCCGAGUCCCUAACCUACUGCAUGUCCAAGAGUGCCUGCACUUCCCUCGCCGACGGCCUCCGACGUCAGUAUCUAAACAGGGGCGUUCACGUGUGCACGGUAGAGCCUGCGGCUUACAGAACGGCGAUGAUGGACCAUGCCAAGAUGGAGGAGACUUACGACCGCGACAUGGCGCUUCUCCCGGAAAGCGUUCGCAGCGCCAUCAACCAGCGGUCCGUCGCGCGCUCUAAACAUACGGCGCACGUUCUCCACUCCUUCAUCACGAGAGAACCCCCGCAAGAAGCAGUGGACGCCAUGAAGAUGGCCGUGCGCGAGCGACUUCCCCGCGCGGCUUACAAACCCGGUGGACUCUCGGACGCCGUCAUACGGUGGUUCUACGACAUGGCGCCGACAGACAUGGUCGACGAAGCCAUCGACGCUACACGCAGGAUAGCGAUACUUACGAAGAGAAAGUAGGGGAACACGUCUUUCACCCGGUCCUCAACUAGAGUGAAAUUGGCCCUUCUUUGCAAAACAACAGACAGAUUUCGAAUAGCGUUUGCGGGCAAACGUAAACGCUUUAUGUACAUAAAGAAAUAGCGUUCUCCUCACUGCGCGUGCUCCGAACGUUA